AUGGGUCUCCUCUCUAUCCCAGAAAUCAGCGUUACACUCGCUCCCGAUAGCACAAGCAGCCAGGAUUCUCCUGUUGGCACGAAUACCGUCUCGCUCAUCGUCCAUGGUCCUCGUCUCGUCGUUCCACCUCGCCCCGCCGAUUGUCCCUCGCGCAGGUCGCUCGCUCAGCGCGGCCUGAGGAUUGGCAGCUUCAGACUCAACUGUGCAGAGUCUGUGACGACGAGUCCAACGUCUCCGACCCUCUCGCGUCCUCCUGCCGACUUGGCGUCGACCCGGCGCGUCUUCAACUGGGCCAGGACUUCGACACCGUUUGCGCAACCCAACACGAUGCAACCCACGCGCUCUCACAGAGGUCAUUCGAGGGCAAAGUCCCUCAAUUCCUUUGCAGACGUAAACGACAGUCUCAAGAUGAACAUUGGCCCACCCCGCCACCCGGCCCGAGAGGUCGACUCGCGUCCAAUGUCUAUCGACCUCAGCGUCCUCUGUGCAAAGCCAAACUCGCCCACUUGUCACGACUUUGCGUCCGCUCUGUAA